GUGUGUGUUUGUGUGUGUGUGUGUGUGCGUGCGAGAGAGAGAGAGAGCCUACUGUGCCGAGACGGAGCUCCUCCUCGGUGUGUGUCGGUAACGCGCGCGCCUCACAGUCCCGUUAUUCCCGACAGCAGAACACACGGGCGAGCAGGAAUGGAAAACCGGAGGAAAACACGCGACAUGGCCGAGAGAACACACCGAUUUCUGGUGCUGUCGGUGCUCAGAUGCUGGAUCUCCCUGCUGGGCUUUACAGGUGUGUGUGCAGCGGUGCAGGUGUCGGUGCGGGACUCUCGCCGGUUCGCCCUGCUUUUCCAGCCAGUAGUGCUGCAGUGCCGGUACAGCAGUGUGUCCACGCAGACGCCGGUGGUGCAGUGGUGGUUUAAGUCUUUCUGCCGCGACCGCGCACGAGACUCCUUCCGCUUCCCACAAGCGCCGCCAGUGCGCACACACACACUCACACACUCUGAACUCGAGCAUGAGCCCUCUGGUCAGCGGGACUGCGGGGACAGCGGCCGCACCGUGCGCAUUGUGGCGUCAAGUCAGGGGCCGGCAUACACCCUGGCGGAACACUACCGGGGCCGAGACAUCGCCAUCAUCAACAAAGCUGACCUGCGCAUUGGCGAGCUGCAGUGGGGUGACAGUGGUGUUUAUUAUUGUAAAGUGGUGAUUUCGGAUGAUCUGGAGGGACAGAAUGAAGACCACGUGGAGCUGCUGGUUCUGGGUCAGACAGGUUUUGCUGAUGAUCUUCUGCCUGACUUUAAUCUGGAGAUUCUUCCAGAGUGGGUGUUUGUGUGCGCUGUGGUGCUGGGCAGUUGUCUCCUCCUCCUGCUGGUGGGUGUGUGCUGGUGUCAGUGUUGUCCUCAUUCCUGCUGCUGUUACGUCAGAUGCUGCUGCUGCCCCGACACCUGCUGCUGCCCCCGACACCUGUAUGAGGCAGGAAAAGGGAUCAAGUCGGCAGUGCCCACACCGGUGCCCAUCUUCCCUCCAUACUACAUCCCCGGGAUGCCCACCAUGGUGCCCAUCACACCGCCCUCCCUCAUUGAGCCAUACCUGUCCAGUGCUGCGUCAAUGGACAAUGGCUCUGCAGUGCGCAGUGGUUUCCAUCUGCAGCCUGUGCCCGAUCACAGUUCUCUGAAGAUGCUGCAGUACGUGGAGAAACAGCUGGCAGAGUUCAACCCAUCACACACACCGAGCAGCUGUGCAGACUCCGGCGCUGUGUCUGAGCUCAGUUCAUUACACCAUGCAGAAGCUGACUUCCGUCAGAGCUAUCGACACGUCCAGAAGAAGGCUCUGCCAGCCCUCCCUGACCUCAGUGACCCCGCUGACCUCAGUGACCCCGCUGACCUCAGUGACCCCGCUGACCUGCGGAAGCUGGAUUUAUCUCCCGCUCGUGAGGGAAGGUACCUGCAUCAGCACAGGACUCAGGAGAACCCCAGGUGGAACCCUCGCUCGGAGCACCUGCAGAGGAAGGUGUGUGUGGAGCGCAGGCGCAGCGGCUCUGUGGAGCUGGAGGAGUUCGCUCUGGGUUACACUCCACGAGGAAGACGACAUACACCGCAGGGAGAACACACACAGGAGAACGGAGAACAGGAGCGCCAGCGGGAGCGAGAGCUGGACCAAUAUACACUACACUCCUCCAAACACCAGUCUCCAAACAUCAGUCCCGCCAGACGCCUGCCUACCCCUCCACCUGUACCUGGAGAAAGACCCGAGUGUUGGGAGCCAGGAGUGCGGGACCAGAGGGCACUGGGGAGCAGAUUACUGGAGCGGAAAACUAACGCUGCACUGAGCGGCUCUCCAUCCGCAGGACGCACUGAAGACUCGGACCCGAACUCCAGAAAGAGCAGCGAGCGACUCCAGAACAGCAGAAACCGGCCGCCCUGCCAGCGGACGGAGGACAGUGGAGAUAAACACACACACCUGAGCGGAGACAAACAUACACACCUGAGCACACCGCAGGAGCAGAACCGGCCUCGGAAAGUGACGUUUUACGAUGAGCAAUGUGCACAGUCCGACCUCGGGCUUUCAAUCACCGUUCGAUUUGCACCUCGAUUUGACCACAGAAAAUAACGUUUGCAGCACAGAGCACUCUUCUCAGCAGAGACUCACUUGUAGUGUGACAACAUGCAACCAGAAGAUGCAUGCCUGAAACAUGCCAACAACACGCCUGAAACAUGCCAACAACACGCCUGAAACAUGCCAACAACACGCCUGAAACAUGCCAACAACACGCCUGAAACAUGCCAACAACACGCCUGAAACAUGCCAACAACACGCCUGAAACAUGCCAACAACACGCCUGAAACAUGCCAACAACACAUCUGAAACAUGCCAACAACACGCCUGAAACAUGCCAACAACACGCCUGAAACAUGCCAACAACACGCCUGAAACAUGCCAACACGCCUGAAACAUGCCAACAACACGCCUAAUACAUGCCAACAACACGCCUGAAACAUGCCUUAAACACACCUGAAGCACAGCAACAACAUACUAACUAUAAUACACCUGAAACACACGAACAACUUGCCUGAAACAUGCCAACAACACAUUUCAAUCAUGCCAACAACAUGCCUCAAACACGACAACAACAUACUAAUAAUAACCCUGAAACACCAUCAACACGCCUGAAUCAUGCCAACAACACGGCGGAAACACACCUCAGCACCGGCUUCAGCGCUGAUAUGAGGAUUACAGCACGGUGUGUUUGGUGAGAGAGACAGAGAAAUGUAAAAACACACAGUAUUCACUCUGGGGUCCGCGGAGGUACACACCCUCAUGGAGCGAACACACACUCGCCGGUGUGUGUGUGUGUGCUGGAUUAUAUUUGAGGAACACAGCUCUGAUGCUGUAUGAGCUCAGCUCUCCUCCUGUUCAUCCCUCAUCUUCACACUGCAGGUGUUCUCCUGACCGAGCUGUCUGCUAACAUGAGCUCAUGGAUGAUUCUGUACAUGAUGAUGUCUACUGCAGAUGCCGGAACACACACACGCAUAUACACACACACACACACACACACUUAUAGCAGGAUUAUUAUAUACAGCUCUAUUAUUUUAAAGUGUCUGUGUGUAUUAUCUGUGUGUGUACAACAGACGCCACUGUAGACCUGCAGUGCUGGACUCUUUUCUAUGUAAUGUGUAAGUGUGUGUGUGUGUGUGUGUGUAUCAAACAAGAUGAUGUAUUCCUCCACUUGUGUAAAGGAUUAACAGGACUGAGAAUAUAUUUCUGCAGCUCUUUACAUCUUGUAUGUUUUCAUGUUUACUGAACUAUGAAUAUGUGUGUGUGUGUGUGUGUGUGUGUGUGUGUAUUAGCUUUUGCAGACUCAAAUCAUGUUAACUACAUCAUCACGUGUGUUUCAGUAAAAACAUUGUGAUCCUGAC